UUCACUUUCCAAAAAACUGCGUAUCAACAUUCACCCUUUUUCUUUCCCCUAAAUUUGUAUUUUUAAUCAUCGUUUCGACUUGCACUAGAUUGCCCUAUUAGUGCUGCGUGAGCGGUAAUAAAUCUCUGCUUGAAAAGUCCGAACCAUGCCCGGCGCAGUUGGCAGCCUGAACAGCGUCAGCGUCUUGUGCGACGACAAUUCCCUGCGUUUCGGGCGCGUGGUGGACGUGGCCGACAGCGGGCUCUUCAUCGACUUUCUCUGCCGCGAUCAGCACCGCGUCUUCGUCCGCUUCGGGCGCGUGUUCUUCCCCUGCCCGUUCAGUGCCUAUGACUUGCCGGGGAAGGCAGGGAGGAAGGUGCCCGUGCAAGUGCUGCUUCGCGAGGGGCCGACGGGUGCUUGGAUGUGGCUGGACGGGGAACUGAUCAGCGUCCGCUAUCAGAGCUGCACGGCGGCCGUCGUCCACUGGAAGAAGUCCGGCAGUGGUAAGGGCGGCGAUGUACUGUGUUCCGAUAUCGUCCCCUUGGAACGCCUGCGCCGGCCGCUGGACACCGGCAAACCGAUCGAGCCGGGCAUGUUUGCCGCGUGCAGUGUCGCGCCGUUGGACAAGACGUUCCGCUCGCUGCCGCCAGCCGAGAGCGCGGCGCUGCUGCAGCGUUGGAAGGAUUCCUACGGCCGCGCCGAGUCCCGCCUGCGCCCGGUGGAUCUCGUCGACGGUCAGCUGGGCGUGGUCUACAUUCCGCGGCUCUGUGACGCUAACAGCCGCACAUUUAUGAGCGCCUUGGUAAAUCUCCAGUCGGACCUGUUACACUGCCUGAAUUCGUCCAGGAACCCUCCGGAAGCCGACUGCAGUAUGCUCCCGGCGGAAUUGUGGAUGGAGGUGUUUUCCCAUUUGGACACGGUGACGCAGACGGCGCUGCGCGUCGUCGCACCGACGUGGAACGACAUGGUCACCUCGCCGCUGCUGACGGCGACGCUGGUCAUUACGAACCGGGAACACGUGCACGGACGUUUCUGGAUGGCCGCGGUCGUCUUUAAAUGCAUGACCGUCCACACCCAGCAUGUUGUCCUGGCCGAAGUCGGACGGCCGUUUCGCAUGGAGGAUCUGUUGACGGUGGCGGGGAUGAUCCACUACACCGCGGAACACGACCCCGGCCUCCGCCUGCGCUGUCUGCAUCUCCACCGUUUAACCUUACACCUCCUGAUCAACGGUGUCACCGAUCCCCUGGACUGGACGGAAUGCACCGUGCACCGGACGAGCGUCAUCGGCGGCCACUCCAUUGCCUGGAACAGCGACGGCCGCUACUCCCACCUCCCGGACUUCGUUGAGACCCUCCACAAUCUGCCGUGUGAGGCCAUCCGCAUGACGAACUGCAGCGUGGACCUGGUGUGCUCGCUGAGUAAUCGAGAAGGGGAUCUUCUGAGCGUUCGUUCCAUGCUGGACGCGAGAAUGCCGCUGGGCGCCGGGUUCGGGGGCGCGCUGUGGGACGCGCUGGAGGAGGUGGCGCUGGUCGGACCGGGUGCGUGGGAUGUGCCGUGUAUGUCGCGGUUUGUGGGGGCCAUGGGCAGGCUGAUGAUGGAUGAUCCGGAGGAAACCGAAAUCACGGUCUGCAAGGUAUUAUGCGCGGUGCAGUCGGACGAUCCGCGUCCUUCUUCGCAUUACCGCGGGAAGCAGUGGUGCGUGGGCGGACUGGGCGAUGUGCAGCUGGAGCAACUGUCGCGCCUGACCCGGGUCUUUCUCCUCCAGCGCUUCGUGGAGACGAGUGUGGAGCCUAAAUCCUGAAUGGCGUACCGCUUCGCCGGAGGAUGGUUCUGCAGUUUUUACUUUGUCAAUUUUGAUGUCUAGUUUGUGUAUACAGUACUGGAGAAUCUAAGGGAAGAUGUGUACGUUCACGCUGGUGAAUAAAUUGGUUUGCGCUACUCACAGUUGCGCUCUGUAGAAAAUGCGGAGUU